GAGGAGAGCGCUGGUGAGAAGAGGCGCUUCCCAUUGCUACUUGGAGAUACAACGCCAGGCUUGACACUGAGUGAUGACCGAGGCGCAGAGAGACUCAGCAGACCGGGAAUAAAAACGUGGAAUAAAACACACACACAGAAAGGGGAGGAGGGUGCUCGGUUUGCGGAUACCUGCGCGUCUCCGCUCCGGCCGCAGGUGCGCUACAAUCCCUCUGAAGGGAGAGUUUUUUUGGUCCGGAGAGGGAAGUGAGAGAAGAAGAUCUCCCAUGGUUAUUUUCCUUAUCUUGCUCUUGUCUCAUGUGUUUAUCAGUCACUCUGAAAAAAAUCAUCUUUUUCAACGUCUGCAGCCACAUUUCAACUGCACAUCUUGACUCAAGAUCUCAAUUUGGAGCUUUUUAAAUUCGCGCACUGUUCGCUUAAGACUGCUUUUAAACGCGGAGCACACUGGACAGAAGUCCCCUGAACUCAAAACUUGUGUCUUGUGACGCGAAACGGAGUCUUUCCAUCUCAUCCGUGUUUCUUUUAAUGUGCGAAUGAAGAGGACAAUGCCUGGAUUAUUACAUCCGCUGUUCCACCUGCCCCGGGGAGAAGGGGAAGAGUGAGGGAAGCAGAGCGCGAACGAGGGUAAAGAGGAGGAAGACAAGAAGAAGGAGGGAAGUCGGUGGUGUUUGGCUGCCGUCCACUAGUUCUUUAGCGCCUUUGCCGCUCUAGCUCUCCCACCUUGUUUUACUGGAUACACUGACAAACAUCAAGAGACGCGCGAGGAGGACCUGCGCUCACACCCUGGUCCAGUGGGAGGUGACUGUGAGAAGAAAUGCCGGUCCUAGGUGCCCUAGUACAUCACCACCUGGACCAUGGCGACUCCUUGGCCAAUGAGAAGAGAGAGGUGCUCCCAUGGCUCCUCCUGUCUUGUUAGAUGGUCGGCGUCCUCCUUGAUGCUCCUAUGGUUGCCGUGGGUGUUGCUUUGGCUGCCGUGGCCCACCCGAGCUGAACAAGUGGGUGGCGGGGGACACGGUGGGAAGGCGCUCCACGGUUCCUUAUCGUCCCCCUCUUCUUCUUCAUCCUCGUCCUCCUCCUCCUCCUCCGCAUCGUCCCCAUCCAGCUCUUUGGCGUUGGGCUUUAACAGGCAGAGUGGGGGGCAGCUGGACUGGCUGCUGUCAGAGAAGGGACCUUUCCACAGAUGUCCAGAGUACACAGAAUUCAGAGAGAGGUUCCAGCAGGGAUUUUCUACCAGAUACAAGAUUUACAGGGAGUUCAGCCACUGGAAAGUGAACAGCCUGGCAACAGAGAAGAGAGAUUUCCUCAAAGCUCCAUUGCCCUUAGCGCCAGAGUUCUUACGCAACCUGCGGUUACUGGGGCGACGACCAACCCUGCAGCAAAUCAACGAAAACCUCAUCAAGAAGUAUGGGACCCACUUCCUAGUUUCUGCUACCCUGGGAGGGGAGGAGUCUUUGACCAUUUUCCUGGAUAAGCAGAAGCUGAAUAAGAAGUCAGAGGGUAACGGCAACAGUUCAGUGGUGUCUCUGGAGCUGCUCCAUCAGCUGGCUGCUUCCUACUUCACAGAUCGCGAGAGCACCCUAAGACGACUGCACCACCUCCAGAUCGCCACCUCUGCUAUCAAGGUAACUGAAACAAGGACAGGCCCUCUCGGCUGCAGUAACUACGACAGCUUGGAUUCAGUUAGCUCGGUGUUGGUGCACAGCCCGGAAAAUAAGAUUCACCUAAAGGGAUUGCAAGAUGUCCUGCCAGAGUUCCUGCGUGGGCGUUUUGUGGAGGCAGCCCUCAGCUAUGUGGCAUGCAACUCAGAGGGCGAGUUGCUCUGCCGCAACAACGACUGCUGGUGCCGGUGCUCUCCCCGCUUCCCAGAAUGCAACUGUCCCUUCACUGACAUCAAGGUCAUGGAGGAAAACCUGGAGAAGAGCAAAGAGGUCUGGAGCAGUUUCAACCAAGAGUUCAUGGAAUCAGAUGAAUUCAAAGCCUUCCUGAAACGCUUGCCCACUGACCGGUUCUUGAAUGUGUCCAUGAUCGCCAAGUUCUGGUCGGCUGACUUGCCCCUCCAGAAGCGCUACGCCCAGCUGGAGUCCAGCACAGCCCUGGUCCUGGGCAAAGCCCAGAAGAUCGUCAGGAAACUGUUCACCUUGAGCAAACGCUGCCCCAAACAACCUCGCAUCAGUUUGCCCCGAGAGAGGACCGUUGGGUUUUGGUUAAGCAAGGCCCAGUCUCUGCUCUACUGCAAUGAGCACGGAGUGCUGGGCUCCUUCUUUGAGGAAGUGAAGAGCUGCAUAUGCCCUGUGGAGCAGGCCACGUGUCACGGAGUCAUUCCCUGCAUUGUAGGAACCUCCUCCACCUCCUGCUCCUCCUGUGCCACUGACAACGCAACCCGCUGUGGAGCCUGUCACCAUGGCAACCUCCUCCAUCUUGGUUCCUGCCGGCCGAGCAUCGCUGCGUCCCUGGACCACUAUCUAAACUUGGACUUGGACAUGCCUGAUGCUGAGGUGAAGUACCUGCUUCAGCGACUGGACAGCAGAAUAGAGGUCCACGCCAUCUACAUCAGUAAUGACGUCCGUCUGGGAAGUUGGUUCAAUCCUGCAUGGAGGAAGAGAAUGUUGCUGACACUCAAGAGUAACAAAAAUAAGUCCAAUCUCAUACACAUGUUGAUGGGCAUUUCUUUCCAGAUAUGCUUAACUAAAAAUUCAACAUUGGAGCCUGUGCCUGCAAUUUAUGUGAAUCCUUUUGGGGGAAGUCACUCAGAGAGCUGGUUCAUGCCAGUGACCCAGCCUGACUUCCCUGACUGGGAGAGAACUCGACUGGACGCCGUCGUCACGGCGCAGUGUUACAACUGGACACUGUCUCUGGGUGGCAAAUGGAAAUCCUUCUUUGAAACCGUACACAUCUACCUACGAAGCCGCAUAGUCACCGAUGAUCCAACAGUGAAUGAAACUCUCUUCUAUGAACCAUUGGACUUGGAUGACCAGACGUCCAACCUGGGGUACAUGAAGAUCAACACGCUGAAAGUGUUUGGAUACAGCAUGCACUUUGACCCUGAGGGCAUCAAAGAUCUGAUACUCCAGCUGGACUACCCCUACACGCAAGGUACGCAGGAUGCUGCCUUUCUGAUGUUGUUGGAGAUGAGAGACCGGAUUAACCGUCUGUCUCCACCUGCACCGCAGCCACUAGACCUAUUUUCUUGUCUCUUGCGUCACCGGCUCAAGCUGUCGGCUGGAGAGGUGGCACGCAUCAAGGACUCGCUACAGAUCUUCAACUCCAAGCUUCCCAAUGCUUCUCCUGAACCCGAGCUGGCCCAGCUGUGCAGCUAGCUAGCUUAGCACACAAGUCAAGUUCAGGAGUGAUACUACACAUAGAAGGUGGAGUUGCUGCUUCAGAGACAAACCUAGCAUGAGCAGGGGAGGUCCUACUAAAUUGGCCUCAUUGGACCCGAACUGUAUUAACAGAACAUCCAAUUCUAAAGGCUAACUGCCGGGCUUUUCUUAUGGUCACUCUUGGUUGAUUUUCUGGUGUCACAUUUUUAUCAGAAAUUGUUAUCAAAGCCCUUUGAUCAACAGUAGAGUCGUGUGAACGUUUGGGAGACCAGCUGACACUUGGAUGCUCUUUCAGAGGCUCUACUGUACUAGCCUGGAGGCUUACUUUUGCUAUUACUGCCCUGCUUUCAGCAAACUGUACAACUGGAUGAAACUAAGAAACUAUAUUACACUGACAGCUUUUGUGAUUUGGAACCUUAGAGAGCCGAUGUCAUUAAGUUACCUAAGGCAUCUGCCUUGCAAGGAUAAAGCCGAUUUUGAUAUGUAAAGAGGAACUCUUAAGGGGUCUUCAAAAAUGAGUUAAUUGAAGAGGAUUUCGCCUUUUCUAACCCUAUUUUCUUUGGCUACAGAACAAUCUUGUGGGAAGGGAAAAUGGGAUUAUAUUAUAUAUGUGGUGAAUGAGUUGUUAUGUUAUGCUUAACAGUUUAAAAUUUGAUAAUCCUGAACCCUGUUACUGUCUUUGAAUAUUUCUUUUUAAUCCCUGCCUUCCAUUUUAUCUGGCAUUUGGAAACUUGUAAGUAUCAAUGCUUAACACCCGAGUGAGAAGCCUGUUAGUGAUGUUCUGUCCUUGGUGGUGUGUCUAUACCAAAUGAAGGUGAACACAUUGGCAAACUGAAUGGCGAAAAAUCGUAAAUGUUGAGUUAUUUUUUGAGCUGAAAAUCAAGAAACCUUCUGAUGUGGUAAGAAAAAGUUCUGCGGAUAUAGCGCUGUAAAUAACGCUCCAUCUAACCCCAGGUGUGGACAAGUGCACAUUGCUUUUUAGAUAACCGAGUGCAAAGACCAAAAAAAUGUUUAUAACUAAACAAACUCAUGCCUUAUAUGGAGAGUCAAUGUUAAGAUAAGAAGCACAUUUAGUUUCUGUGUUUGAUUUCCCAGCGAAGGCUGUAUUGCUUUUUAUAUUUCAAUAUUUCUACCAAGACAGAACAACAGACACAUUCUCCAGAACGCGUGGUAAUGUAGCUUUUCCAUGUAAAUGCCAGUCACACUUUCUGCAGUUACUUGUUUUGAUUUGGUGUUGUGAAACUUUGAGUCACUAUUCACAGUGCACACCAGUACUUGCAUUCUGUAGUUGUUCUGCAAUAUCCUUCUAUCUCCACUUAGACAAACUCUCAGUAACUCAUAGAACCUGCUUGUUUUAUUGGUUUUAAAAAGGUUUUGUAGGGUUUGGUUUAGUCUCAGGUCAAUGAAACAGUUUUUUGUUUUUGUUUUUGUUUUUUUUUACAUGUGGGUCCAAUGUCAGCUGCCAGUUAACACGGCGACUGGAGUUACAAGGUUUCUGCAGGGCAAUGAUGGUAUUCUUGACAGCUGCAAACUUACCAGGAUGACACUUGAUAUGAUUCUACAUUUACUUCACUAAUUUCUCACUGGAAGUCAGUAAACCUUGUAUGUCAUUUUCAGCAGUUCUUCUGUGCUCAGCUUGCUUAAGUAAAAACAAAGUGGUUUAUCGAUUUGCGAUCCUUUUCCUUGUGUCUUUGCUUUCAGUCCUCACUGUGUACAUGUGCACUAUGAAAUAAUAUAUUGAUAUUACAGAACAGGUUGCCUUUGGUGUGUUGACAACUCAAUUUAUUUUUUCCAUUGUCCUCGCGAUGUGAGAACCCAGUUCAUACACAGGGCCAGAUUUACAAAGAAAAUGAUGCAGCACAAAUGUUUGCAGGUAGAGAGGUGGAGAUGGUGUUGAUUAAACUCAUGUGUGACUAGAAUACUAAGACAAAUGCAGCCAAAUGUUCAAUGUAAAAGUCUUAUUAAAAUGAAAAUGAGUGUUGCUUCUAGCACAACUUCACAGUUUAUUAAACGA